UCAGGAGCAGCCCCUUUAAAAACGCCGAGUACAGUAUUGGGAUUCUUGAAACCUGAAACCUAGAAACAGAAUCGAAGCGGAAACCAGAAGGAAAACCUUGAACUCCUCCAGACAAUUGCUUCCGGGGAGUUCCAGGAGCGCGAGGGGGAAUAAAGGGCCCGCGAGCAGGGCCCCUCGGAUGGCGCGUCCCUGAGGGUCCCGACGAGUUCGAGGCGCGUGGGAAGCCGAGGACCGUACCGUCUCCCUGGGCUGCAGGUCAUGGCCACCGUGAAGCAGAGAGCCCUCGGCAUUGGCUUCAAGUGUCUCUCCUUGGCCACUUUUGUGCUCAUCUGCGCCGGGCAAGGGGGACGCAGGGAGGAAGGGGGUCCAGCCUGCUACGGGGGAUUUGACCUGUACUUCAUUUUGGACAAGUCAGGAAGUGUGCUGCACCACUGGAAUGAAAUCUAUUACUUUGUGGAACAGUUGGCUCAUAAAUUCAUCAGCCCACAGCUAAGAAUGUCCUUUAUUGUCUUCUCCACUCGAGGAACAACCUUAAUGAAGCUAACAGAAGACAGGGAGCAGAUCCGUCAGGGCCUAGAAGAACUCCAGAAGGUCCUGCCGGGAGGAGACACUUACAUGCAUGAAGGAUUUGAAAGGGCCAGUGAGCAGAUUUAUUAUGAAAACAGUCAAGGAUACAGGACGGCCAGCGUCAUCAUUGCUUUGACCGAUGGGGAACUCCAUGAAGAUCUCUUUUUCUAUUCAGAGAGGGAGGCGAACAGAUCCCGAGAUCUUGGUGCAAUUGUGUACUGUGUCGGUGUGAAGGAUUUCAAUGAAACACAGCUGGCCCGGAUUGCGGACAGUAAGGACCAUGUGUUUCCUGUAAAUGAUGGUUUUCAGGCUCUGCAAGGAAUCAUCCACUCGAUUUUGAAGAAGUCCUGCAUCGAAAUUUUAGCAGCUGAACCAUCCACCAUAUGUGCUGGAGAAUCAUUUCAAGUAGUCGUGAGAGGAAACGGCUUCCGGCACGCCCGAAACGUGGACAGGGUUCUCUGCAGCUUCAAGAUCAACGAGUCAGUCACACUCAAUGAGAAGCCCUUCACUGUGGAAGAUACUUAUUUGCUGUGUCCAGCACCUAUCUUAAAAGAAGUUGGCAUGAAAGCCGCGCUUCAGGUCAGCAUGAACGAUGGCCUCUCUUUCAUCUCCAGCUCUGUUAUCAUCACCACUACACGCUGUUCUGAUGGCUCCAUCCUGGCGAUUGCUCUGCUGAUCCUGUUCCUGCUCCUGGCCCUGGCUCUCCUCUGGUGGUUCUGGCCCCUCUGCUGCACUGUGAUUAUCAAGGAGGUCCCUCCACCCCCUGCUGAGGAGAGUGAGGAAGAAGAUGAUGAUGGUCUGCCCAAGAAGAAGUGGCCUACCGUAGAUGCCUCUUACUAUGGUGGGCGAGGCGUUGGAGGCAUUAAAAGGAUGGAGGUUCGUUGGGGAGAAAAGGGUUCCACAGAAGAAGGUGCUAAGUUGGAAAAGGCAAAGAAUGCGAGAGUCAAGAUGCCAGAGCAGGAGUAUGAAUUCCCGGAACCUCGAAAUCUCAACAACAACAUGCGUCGGCCCUCUUCCCCCCGGAAGUGGUACUCGCCAAUCAAGGGAAAACUGGAUGCCUUGUGGGUCCUACUAAGGAAAGGAUAUGAUCGUGUGUCUGUGAUGCGUCCACAGCCCGGAGACACGGGGCGCUGUAUCAACUUCACCAGAGUCAAGAACAAUCAGCCGGCCAAGUACCCCCUCAACAACGCCUACCACACCACCUUGCCGCCUCCUGCCCCCAUUUACACACCGCCACCCCCUGCUCCCCAUUGCCCUCCCCCACCCCCCAGUGCUCCCACCCCUCCAAUUCCAUCCCCACCUUCUACCCUUCCCCCUCCUCCUCAGGCUCCACCUCCAAACAGGGCACCACCCCCCUCCCGACCUCCUCCCAGGCCUUCUGUCUAGAACCCAAAGUUCAUGCUCUGGGCUCUUAAAAACUUUGGGGAGGAGGCUCCUCUGUGGUGUUAGAAUAAGUCUUUCCAGUUAGGGGAGGCUUCCGCUUUGGAAAUGAGUGGUGAUAAAGCCCACUGAUCUUCACACACCUUAAAAAUUGGUUUGUAAUGCCAAUACAUCGACAAUUGUGAUCAGCAGAAAGAAACAGAAAUUUUUGAGAUGCCUCUAAACAAAUAAUGAGGCAACUACAGUCACAAUUAUAGCCAGCCAGCCAUCACCUCUAGAAGGUUCCAGAGACAGUGAAACUGCUGACAUGCUCUAAAUGGGAUUGUGUCUCAUGGAGACCAAUAAGAAAAUCAUUUCUCUGAGGGUGAAAUGCAGAGUCAGGUGGAUGAGAAAUAACAUUGCUGGGUUUUGAAAUGCUGCCUUCCCUCCCCCAAUCCACCUCCAUCACUUGACCCCCUGGACCCUUGGCAUAGGAACCAAGGAAUCCUCACCCAAGAAAGUGAAAACCCUUUGCCUACAACUUUGGGAAAAGCUUGGGUCUCCAUUGUGGCAAGAAACUCAACCUCAGACAGGUAUCUGACAGGUAUCUGAACAAAAGCAUGUUCGUCUGGGAUUUGCAGAGGAAUAAAAACAUAUGCCUUAUUUUCCUUUCAAAUUCUCCCAGUUUCCAAGUGAGGGAGAGAGCAGGUGUUUAC